CGCCGCGAGGUGGACAAUAAGGCACGCGGGCGACCGUUGCUGUCACGUGUUCGCCCCAGCGUUCCUUUCUCCGCCCCCGCCCCACCCGCUGUCUUCUCGCUCCAAGGCGACGGAGACGCAGUGCGGCUGAGGGAAGGGAGGGAGGCGCCAUGGGAGAAGGCGGCGAGCAGCCGGACUUCGAGGGGCUCGUGCUGGAUCUGGGGCAGGAGAAGCAGAUGAAGUGAGUCUCCUCCGCCCAGCAGCGCUGCGCAGAGCCCCGCGCAAAAGGGGCGCAUUAUUACGCCGCGCCUCGUUUCUGACUGGCAGGAGCGCCAGAGUCCGCCCUAAUAAUAAUAAUAAUAAUUAAUAAUUGUUUGACUGCUUGAAGAAACUACUUUUCUACAUGUGCUCUCACACACGGUGUCCCCUUCUGCGCCCUGUAUUAAUAAUUAUAUUUUAGCUGGAGUGUCGAAGGGCUUCGUUUGUAUUCAUGGGCCUUACCAACAACAGCCCUUCAAGGUAGAACAGUAGGAAUACCUCUAUCGGGAGACAAGAGGGAGACGGAGAGGGAGAGGAAUAAUGGCUUCUGCCUCCCUGAAGGACCUGCUGGGUUUACCAAAGAGGAGAGUCUUGAAUCCAACACUUCCAAACGGAUUGCGUAGCAUGCUUGGCCAAUUAUACAGCUCGGCAAAUCUCACCAGUGACAUCAGUUGCACAGUUUUUAAUUAAAUGUUCCAUGUUAGAACAUCGAUGGGUGGUGUCUUUGGCUUCUGCCUUCACAAGAGGCCACACCGCCUGAAAUCAUGUGGAGGUUAGAGCAUAGUGUCAUCUGUGGGAACUUGGCCGUCAGCUUAUUUGUGACUGGAGCUCAUUUUUUCAUGUUGCUAUCUAUAACUGUUUUUGGGUGAAUUCAGUAUGCCAGAUGCCAUUGUUAUCCUAUGUCUUCUGUGAAACCAAAGUACACUGUACAUCACAACACUCAGGUGCCUUUUGGGUUAUGUUAUUUUUGAUAUGUUAUAACCCAUGCUAAAGCAUUGUUAUGGAAGGGUGGGUUAUAAAUGUUAAAUACAUGCUGCAUUCUAGUUAAGUAGGGUUCCUAGGUGUGGAGACACUGGGAGUGGGAUUGGAAUGAAGGAAAGGAUAUGAGAUAAGCAGCUCCAUGUGCUUGCAGAAAUAUAAUACCACCCCACCAGAAUCAUGCAUCUAGAAUACCGCAACACACACUAGACUGGGCUGACCUUGAAUAUGGUCGGGAAACUGCAACUAGUUCAAAACGCAGUCACAGGAGUUUCGAAUGGUACCUUAUGAGAAUGUGUUCCUCAGUGUAAAACCCCCCCAGUUAUCAUAUACCGUAUUUUCAGCUCUAUUGGACGCACCGGACCAUAGGACGCACCGGACCAUAGGAGGGGGAGAAUAGGAAAUUUUUUCCCCUCUUGUUCUCCCCCUCAAAAACAAGGUGCGUUCAAGAGCAGGCCUUGCCGCUGCCCCCCCCCCCCGCUUGUGGGGCUGGCGGUGGGGGGAAGCACUGCUUUCCCCCACCGCCAGCCUCAAAGAUCCCUGAAGCCUUUGGAGCGCAGCUGCACUCCAAAGGCUUGAGGUUUCGGGGACAUCCUUUGUAGCCUCCGCAGGGCGGCGGGGUGCCUUCACCCCGCCUCCCUGCGGAGGCUUUGCACAGCCAUCCCAAAGCUGGAACAGCGAGACGAAGGACUGCGCAGCGCCCCGUCUCGCUGUUUUGGCUUCGGGGACAGCAGGCUGCUAUCCGCAAGCCUUGGGAGCCCAGCGGGAACUCCCGCCAGGCUCCGCAGGCUUGCGGAGAGCUGCCCAAAGCCUGGGGUGCAAAGCGCCUCGCUCCCUGGGCUUUGGGCUGCAGGCAGCUGUUUUGGAGGGGGGAAAGUGCGUCCUAUAGAGCGAAAAAUACGGUAUGUUGCAUUCUGUACAUGUCUGGCCUGUCAGCCAAAUGCAACCCUCUGUAUCUGGCCUUUGGACUCUCCCCAAGCCAUGACCCCUUUCACCAAGCCGCAGCCCUUAUGAGGUCUGCUCUGCAUCCUCCUUUAGUGCUGCUGCUCCUGGCUGGAAUGUGUCCUAAAACCAUGAUAAUGUCUCUUCCUUGCCUGGAUUGGGAGUGAAGGUGUGGGUGUGGGUGUGGAUGUAGAAACCUCUGGUUCUUGUGGGUGGAAUGUAGCCUUUUGUACAAAGAUAACAGUCACACCUGUUGUCCAUCCACUUUUGCUUCUGAGCCCACCCACCAUUGUGUGCAUCCCUUGGGCUGAAAAACAUUCCCUUCCCCUUGUCUAUUAGAAGGUUCUAAAUUAUGUAACUAUUUGUUAUUUCCACUUUACAGAGAAGUGCUAGAACUCUCAGUAUUCGAAAUGAAAAAUACAGUAGCAGAACUGGAGAAAAGACUUAACAGUGUUGAGGAUGAAGGUAAGAGACUAAAUUCUAGCCUUCUGCAAAUGUAAUAAAAAGCCCAUGAUGUUGUACAUCUAAUUACAAAGUAAACACAACAAGAGCUUCAGGCAUUGAUAUUAAAUUGCCUUUUAAGUGCCAGCUGUGCAUGCUGAUCAAAGCAUACUGUUGCAUUUUUCUCACUUCCAUGAGUAGCAAGAAGCUGCAGGAACAGCAGUAAGUGGGUUUGGGGUUCUUUUGGAGGAAAAAGCACAGGAGACUUGCAGCAUUUUUGUAAUAUUUCUUUUAUGAAUAUUCAGCAAAAGUGGGGGCAGAGACAGCAGUUCCAAGACAGCAGAUACACCAAUACACAUCAGUUCUCUAGAAAGCCCCUGCAUGACAAGGUGCUUCAGGCCCAAUACUUAGCACAUGUUCACACAUACACUCCCUGAUUCUGCCUCUUACCUGCAUGUUCCAAAGAAGCUCACAAGUGGUGCUGUUCUCUCCUCACUCACGCGCGCGCGCGCACACACACACACACACAAGCUCUGAUGAUUUUCCCAUUGCAAACACUCAAGAAAUCUCUAUUAGGAAAUAUCUUAAUGGUCCAUGGUCAGAGCUGAUGGGAGUUGUAGUCAAGCAACAUCUGGAGGCCCCAUGUUGCCAACCCCUGUCUUAACAAUUAGCUACCAGAAAGAGACAUCAGCUGGCCCAUCUUCCCAGCAAAUGGAAUCUGCCAGCCAUCUGUAAGAAUGAAAUUGGAUUCAGGUUUCCAAUGUGUGGGGACAACAGCUCACUUGCUCUGGUACCAAAACCAUUAAGCAUCCUCUGCCAAUGAACAGUCAACCUGCUCAGUUUUAAGCAGGGAAAGAAGUAUUUCCCCCUAUCAGGUGCUUCAUCCCUUCUGCAUUUUGCUGCCCUGUGGACUAAGAACCUAUGAGAUGUUGUUCUAGCAUGUUAUGGAUUUUGGUAGCCUUGUCAGUUUGUGCUGCAGAUGAAUAUUUUAGCAAAUUUCUCAGAGUUUAAAACAAACCAUUGUUAACCUUAAAUGAAUCAUACUGAAUUGCAUUUUAUUUUUCCUUUAAGACAAUGAAUGGAAAACCAGAUAUGAAACCCAAAUAGAAUUGAACAGACAGUUAGAAAGGCAAAUUGGCCUUCUCCAGGGAAAAAUGGAGCAAGUUCAUGAAAGCCCAACAGGUAUGGCUUAAGAUUUUUUGUUUGGCAUUGACAGCUAUUGCUCACAAACAUUCUCUGUGCUUGCAUAUUGUUGAUCAGAAGGCUCAUUGCAUUUUUUUCUUAUUUGUAGACAGAUUGGCAUCUGUUCGCUCCUUUGAUCAAAUGCAUGUGGUAAGUAUGGUGGCAUUUUAACUGAACAAAUGUCUAGUAGUUUUACUAUAUUCUACUAUAUAAGGAAAUGUAUGUUUUAUAUUACAGAUAGAUUGGUAAUUUUGAGACACAUCUACUUCCCUCUCAUUCUGCCUUGUAGCAUUUCAUCGAAGAGUGGUUUGGCUUAAAUAAUUGCUGGCUUUUACCAUUGAAUUGUUGUGCUUUUUAACCACCCCAGCCUCUUUUGGACUGUUCCCAUGAUGGCUGUAGGAAAAGCCUGCAUGGGUCGGCACCCAGCCUAUGGUGAGACUGUCAUAUGUGAUCACUGAUCUGUGUACAAAUUGGCAAAUGCUGAGAAUAAACCCUGUUUCUUAGGACUUCUUCAUGCAUUGCUGGGUGGUGGGGAUAUCCUGCUGGCCUAUUUGUUUAAGAGACUUCUAUACUGUUUUUAGAACAAUUGUUUCACAAAUUCCCAAUACCCUUAUCAAUAAAAUUUGACAACGAAAACCAGCACUGGACAAAUGGCCUAAUUUCCAACUAACAUCUGGCGUCUCACCUUAGUCUCUAAACAUUAUUUUAACAAAAUCAAAGAAGGAAUCUCCCUAACUUCCUCUAGAAUUGAAUUUCAGAGGGCAGGGAUGCUGCAGAGAAAGUCAUGUUUCUUGUUUUCACCAUCCUGAUAGAUUUUGCUGGUGAGCAUGUUAAAAGGUCAUAUCUUAAGGUGUAGUUAGACUGAUGUGGGUGCAUGCUGUCCCUAAGAUAACCUGGUCCCAAACUAUUUGGCUUUAAAGGUCAUCAUCAGCACUUGAAUACGGCUUGGAAACACACUGGCAACUAGUGCAGCAGAUGUAGUAUCAGCAAAACAUGAUCUAAUCUCCUCGUCUCAACUAAUACAUGGCUGUACCAGCUGUAAUUUCUGAACCAUCUUCAAAGGUAGCCCCGUGUAAAGCAAAUCAGAGCAGUCUAGACUGGAAGUUGCAUGAUCUGGACUCUCUAGAGCAGGUCACAGCUAGCAUGCCAAUUGAAGCUGUUUACAAGUGCUCUUGGUGGUAGCAGCUGCCUGGGCUUCCUUGGUGAGAAGCUAACCCUAACUGCUAAUGUGAUGUGGGGGGGGGGGGGUGCAGUCUCAUUAAGAAUCCACUGAAUUCUAGUAUCCAGAGUAGUCAGUUUCUCCACGCAUGACAAUCUGGAAUAAACUUCAGUGAUACAAUGACUGCAAAAUGCUAUGAACAUGCAUUAAACUUGGACUCCUGACACAUACGCAAUCAGGAACUUCUCACCCCUAACCCUAAAUUAGAGAUUAGAGAAGCCAGGGAAACUCCUCAAAUGACCUGUCUGUAUUUUUGUAAUACUUUAAAAUAAUAUGAGAAAAAAUGUUUCUCUCAAAGUUUACAAUAUUUGCAUUUAAUACUGGAGGUGUGGGAUGAAGUACCGUAUUUUUCGCCCCAUAGGACGCACCGGCCCAUAAGGCGCACCUAGUUUUUUUGGGGGGAAAUAAAGGGGGGAAAAUUUAUUCCCCCCCCCAGGCGCGGGGCUGGGGUGGGGGAAGCCCGAGCUUCCCCGGACCCCAGCCCCAGAACAGGCAGCUCUCCGCAAGCCGUGGGAGCCCAGCGCGGGCCCCACGGCUUGCGGAGAGCUGCGCGAAGCUUAAAGCCUGGGCGCGCUGAGCAUGCAGGCAACUCUCCGCAAGCCGUGGGAGCCCAGCGCCGGGCUCCCACCGCUUGCGGAGAGCUGCGCAAAGCCUGGAGAGUCCGAGAAUGAUGGCAAAGUUGCACGCAGCUUCGCCAUCGCUCUCGGAGCUUGCGGGGCUGGGGGCGGGGAAGCCGGAGCUUCCCCCGACCUCAGCCCCCAGAACGGGUCCAAGAGCGAUGGCGAAGUUGCGUGCAGCUUCACCAUCGCUCUUGGAGCUUGCGGGACUGGGCGUGGGGGAACCCCGAGCUUCCCCCGACCCCAGCUCCAGAACGGGUCCGUGUGCAACCUCGCCAUUGCUCUCGGACCCGUUCUGGAAGCUCCCAUCGCUCCCAGAGCUUGCCGGGCUGGGGGGAUAGCUUCCUGAAUCCUGGAGAGCGAGAGGGAUCGGUGCACACCGACCCUUCUCGCUCUCCAGGCUUCAGUGAAAGCCUGCAUUCGCCCCAUAGGACGCACACACAUUUCCCCUUCAUUUUUGGAGGGCAAAAAGUGCGUCCUAUAGGGCGAAAAAUACGGUAUUGUCUUUUGUUUGUUUGCUUGCUUUUGUUUCAAAUGCUUUUACUGAAGUCCAAGGUUAACAUACCGUAGGCUAAAUGGAGACCUGGCAGAACCAUUUAGAAAAUCCUCUGCUUCUGACUUGGGCAAGGUUAGAAAGGGUGUUCAGAGCUUGGUUAGAUAAACUCUCAGACUGUACCACUUCUUAGGCUUGGGAGUGUCACUGGGUUUGGUCCCUGGAGCCUUGAACAUCCCAUUGCCAAAUCUUUUGGACAGUGAUUGCUUUGCUCCUUGUCAGCUGCAGAUCUUCGACUUAGAACAGAUGACAUUUUACGCCAAUUUAAGAUAGUAUGGCAACAUUAUUAGUUAAUUUAGAACUCUUAAGGGAGAAGCAAUUUUUCCUGAGAUUUCUCUAAGAUAGCUUAUUAUUGGUUGACCCCUUUCCUAAUCAAACUGAAGCCAGCGACCAUCGUUUAUAACAGGAGAACCAAAUUAGAAUAGGCUAUUCUACCAGAACUUGGCUUUCCCCUAUAGCUUUGUUUAGCCUGCAAAGGUUAAUAUGCUUGAGUUAAAGUAAUAAGGUAAUAAUAAAAAAAUAGGUUUUUAGGUAUCAUGGGGACAGGCAUACUGAAAUCAAAGUAGAAUUUUUAAUGGUAAUGAAAAUGGUUGGAUGACAAAUGCAGGAGCAAAUUGGAUUUUCAGUGUUCAAUUUCUGCUAAAGGUCACUCUGUUUGCUCUGUCAAAGAGACAUCUUUCUGAGAGUUGUUUUUCUCUCUGUGCCUUUUACAGUCCAUUGUUAUCUAUGUAUAAUGGUAUUUCUAAGUAUAUCUUUUGAGCUUGGUUUCUUUCCCAAAAUGGUGGUGGAGUAGAACCAAUGCACAUGAUUAGAUGCAGCAGGAUAGAACUGAAAGGUGUAACGUACAAGGAGAAUCUGUGUCUUUACAUUUCAAGGUAGAUAUUGAAACUGCUCCCUAAAAUCAAGUGGCAGCUCAGCGGCAUCCCUGCUGUCAGCUCUGUUUCAUUGGCACAUUCGUUAGUGCUCCAUGUGCUUUAUUUUAUACUGGCAACAAUUAUGAAGCAAUCAAAAUGCAAUUCACUGGAAGCAUCAUGCACAGUGAAUUUUGCUUUCUGCAAAAUUAGGAAGCCAGCAUCCUUUCAUCAAAAGAGAUUUCAGGGAAUGAACAAAAAUUUUCUUCAGAAAUUUUUUUUUUAGCAGAGGUGGCCUUCCUCUGCUUCUGCCAUGGUGACAAUACCUGCACGACAGCAACCUAAUAGACAGAUCCUGAUAGGCAAAUAUACUGGUGAAAAUUGCAGGACUUUCAUAAGUAUGAUACAUGUAGUUGUGAUACUGUCUUAGCAACAUUUCUGUUGGGAACAAUUGAGGAAGCUGGGAUACAUGAUGUAACUUAUAGUGGAUACCAUUCAUUCUGUAACCUUCAUCCAUACCAGUUUUCCUAUGGGAAGCUACAGAACUUGGGUUUCAAGAUUCAGAGACAUUAGUGAUUCUGAAUUCAAGUUUCUAUGUUUGUGCUCGGGUCUUGUUAGCAAGUUUCCCACCUGGUUGGUCUCUGUGAGAUCAGAAUGCUGGACUAAAUGGGCCAUUGGCCUCAUCCAACAGGGAUCUUAUAUUCUCAAGAUGAAGGAGGAUGGCUGUGGAUAAUGAUGCCAGCAAGACGAAGCAUAGGGCUGUGGUAUUUCUAGUCUUUGCAUGUGUGUCAUAUGUAUAUGCAGAGAGUAGUAGAGGAGCACUAAGACUGCACUCCUAACUUAAUUUACCUGGGAGUAGGCUCCGCUGAAUUCAGCAGGAAUUGCACCUGAGUAAAUGUGGGCAUAUUUGUGCAGAAAAGGGCAAAUAAGAGAUCACAAGAGCAUGCCAAUUUACUUGUAAGGAAAUAUUCCAGUUUGCUGAUAUGGAUGCCAUUUUUUAUGAGCACGUUGACUUACAGGAAAACUCCCACUUGCCAGGAAAAGCAUCCUUCUUUUCAGAUUCAUGCGAGUAUUGGCACUACAACUUAUUUUGAAAUUAAGAAUAAUUUCAUCACAGCAGACAUCACAUGACAUUUUGGGAAUGUCUUUUUACUGGGUGAGACCAGGGAUGGACUUUGGCAAUCUUUUGUACUAUGGAGCUAUGUGGAAGGCCAAGAUUUGGCGCCCACAAAUGGAUCUUCUCAAUUAUGGAUCUUCUCAAUUUUGUGCCCCCUCAACUUGGCACUGAUUUUCCCAUGAUAAAACUCUGAAUUGAAGUCUUAAUUAAGGGCAUGAUGCUCCCACUGGCAAUUGCAUCAGUUGCAGAGUGAAGCAGGCCUUCCUAGUGUGUUCUGGGGUAUAUCCUACGAAAAACAACUAGUUAAGAAUGGCUGAAGUAAUACAAUGGUACCUCCGGUUACGAACUUAAUCCGUUCCAGAGGUCUGUUUGUAAUCCAAAAUUCUCAUAACAUGAGGCGCGUUUUCACUAAUGGCGCCUCCCGCUGCUGCCGCGCUGCCGGCGUGUGAUUUCCGCUCGCAUCCCGGGGCAAAGUUCGCAAAAAGGGGCAUCUACUUCCGGGUUAGCGGUGCUCGUAACCCGCAGCGUUCGGGUUGGCAUGUAACACGAGGUUCCACUGUAUAGGUUUAUUCAAUAAACCUGAUUGUAAAAUUUAAAAUUAGCCACCAGGGGGCACUUCAUAUUUAAAUAUGGUCCAGGCUUUUAGGUCCCUAGUUUCAGAGUCUUUUAGCUCCUGACAUAGGUUAGUGAGAUAUUUUACAUAUUGAUCACAAUUCAGGUAAUGAUAGCCACCUUGCAGUCCCAUUGGUUUCAGUGAUUACAGGAGGCUUAAAAUUGCUCUAGCAUUGGCUGUGUUGUGCCCAUUGUAUUUGUGUGGUUUAUGUUUAAUUGAAGAGUAGCCAUGUUGUCAGUUUUACCACAAGCACCAUCAUGUGUACAGUAUAAAUAAUUCCAUAUAGGUGCAAUGGGACUUUUGUUACAGUAGCAAAAUAAAUAAAUUAAUUAAAAUGCAGCCUCUCUAGUCUUAAUUUAUUUUCACUAAUUGGUUGCAAAUCUAAGUGCUGGCAUCCAUGACCGUCACAGUUGUGGCUUAUAAUGUUAAAAUAUGUCCUUAAGCCAGCUGAUAGAGACCACCUAUUGGCUUUUGAAGGAGGGAAUGUUGUUCUCUUUCAGAUGGAUAUUUGCAUUCAGUUUCAAAUGGCAGGUUGACUAGCUUACAGGGGCUUCACAGUGGUUGUCAUUUCCAGAACAUGUCAAACAAAUACAUCACAUCUGGGCCUCUACCCGAUGGAGAAAGUAAAAGGGAAUUGAGAUUAAAAUAAAUGUCACUAGCUCAGCAGUUGAUAUGCCAAAUUUUGGGGGAAACAAAUUUGCAGUCCUUUGAGAAGGGGCUUAAAAUGCAUUUUGAAUACUAGGGACUAAUUAAUUAGAAACGCUACUUGCAUUGCUAAUUGUGCAAUAUGCUAUAUUAUCCAGAAUGUGAUUACUGUGUAUGUUAGUGGCUUUAAAAAACCAGAGGCUGCCUGCAGCCACAUAAAACAGUUGAAUAAUGGUUAAACCAGCAAUACUGCAGAAGUGGAGAAACAAGGAUCUGAUGAGGCAAUUGUCUUCUGAAACCUGAGACUUUGCUAAAUGCCAAAAAUAAGAUAUGAAAUCAAGGGAGCAGCCCACCAAAUUAUGAUGCUCCGCAGCCUUUUAGUUUGUAAUCUUUUGCACACUUACCUAGGAUGAAUUGAUAAAUCUUUCAAUUUCAGUUUCUCUCAGUGUUCCUUUUUCCAAAUCUUAACUUCAGUUCACCCUUUCCAUAUCACUUUGUGAUUUAAAAAACAACACCUGCAUGAAAUUUUGUACACAUGCCAUGUAAUAUGCAUAUUUUUAAUGUAGUUUUGCCUAAUAUACACAUUUUGUGAGCAAUUUCCCCUCAUCUGAAGCACUUUUAUACAUUGUUUUCAUGAAUAUAUACAUUUUUGUGUAUACUUUAUCCUUUAUACACUUAUGUAUUUUUUUGGUUGGAGAACAGCAUUGCAAAAUUUGGAGAAGUACAAAUUUUGAAGAAUAGCUUGCUGCAUUUUGGUUUGCAAAUUGUUUUGGGAAGUGCAAAUUAGGUAGGCUUGCACAUUUCUCUCUCCUCCAUCCUGCUCUGUCCCUAUCUGGGAGUAAGCUCUAUUGAACAUAGUGGGACGCACUUGGAAGUCAACAUACACGUGAUUGUACAGGUACGUAUUCCCCACUUCCCUGAGUACCGAGGCAUUCCAAGGGCAGCCAUUACUCCAGUUUGGUUUCCUUUGGAGAAAGAUCUCAGUGGAGACUUAAGGCAUUUCUGUAAUAAUUUGAGUUUAUUUAUAAAUACACAAGGUGAACAAAGGCGGAGGCACACAGCCUAACCCAUUUACCAGCAGCAAAUUCAACAGUCCUACAACUGCUGGGCAAAGAAGGCAGUUUUGUACCCCUAGAAAGCUUUAGCUUAAAGCUCCUAUAGCUCUUUCUUUCUCUCAGGAGCAAAUUAGCCAUGAUGUCUGUCACAUAGUUGCUUGCACUUGGGUAGCUGAUUAUUACAGAAUAAAUAGUUGGGUGCAGGGAAGCCGAACUCAAACCACGACUAUGAUGUUUGAGGAGAUGAAAAAAGAGGCUUUAAUCCUGCCCACCUCCAUAGCAAUCCCAAUCAGAAUCACCUCUCCAUCCUUGCCUACUAUUUGCAGUAGGAGGAAAGUGUUAAAUACAUUAAGUAAAAAGGCUCCAUUUUACUGGUGCAUCUUGAUGCUUCUCCAAUGCAAAAAGAGUAUCUCAUUGCAGAAUGUGGUGUUCUUUCAUAUCUUCACCAAUUCCUCAACAAAGGAGUAGGCUACUUCAAAUGGCAGUUACAUUGGUAACAUUUUGGAUGACAAAAUAAUAUUACAGUGGUACCUCAGGUACUUAAUUUGUUCCGGAGGUCCGUACUUAACCUGGAACUGUUCUUAACCUGAAGCACCACUUUAGCUAAUGGGGCCUCCUGCUGCUGCCGCUCUGCCGGAGCAUGAUUUCUGUUCUCAUCCUGAAGCAAAGUUCUUAACCUGAAGCACUAUUUCUGGGUUAGCGGAGUCUGUAACCUGAAGCGUAUGUAACCUGAAGCGUAUGUAACCCGAGGUACCACUGUAUUUGUUCUUUGGUUUACUCAUCAGCUCUUUUAGUGAUUGUUUCUUGUGUCUGAAGCAAAAUUGGGAUACUCACUGGUAAAUAUUUGUUUAGUUCACAGUUCGCCUUCUCAAAACCCAGGAGAGUUGUAUGACAGAUGAGGCUUAUAGCUCCUGACAAGUUGUCAUUCUGCCUGCACUACAAAGAUUUCUUUUUCCCAUUUGCUUUGGGGAGAAAACUCAUUUGUUUUAGGGAUCCCCCCCACACACACUCUGAAUCAAGAAUAGAAGGAGAUUUCAUUCAGCCUACAUUUUAAACUGCAACCUAUUUCACAGUUCCCAGAUUUAUAUGCUGUGUGGAGCAUGGGUUGACAAUCAGAUUUUGUUGACAAUACACUUCUGUGUAUUUAUGAUACAGUUUUGGUGCAAAAAUGCAUAUUUUACAUGGAAAUGUGUACAGAAAUGCAUAAAAUACAGAUUUUAAGGAAAAAUGUAUAGAAAAACAUACAUUUUUGCAUACUUUAGGGGAGAGUACGAACAAAAAUGUGCAUGAUUUAAAAGAAAGAUUUCAUGCAUUUAAAAAUUCCACAGGAAAUGAGACAGAACAAACUAAUGAUUGAACACAUGCAAAACUGACAUGGAACAAACACACAUAUGAAUUGACCAACAUUCUCUCCAUGACAGUGAUCAACUGUUGGUUUAUAUGACAAAAAAGAAACUAUUUUAAAAAUCCUAAAAUAACAACAAGCAACUUCACAAAAUCUAUUACAAUACUCAAAACUACUGAGUGAAAGGCCUGGGAACAGAAGAUAGACUUUGCCUGGUGCCUGAAGUUACCAGAGUAGGAGCCAAAUGAGCUUGGAGGGGAAGAAGAUUGUACAGGCAGGGUGUCACAGCAUAAAAGGCCCUUCCUUUCCCUGGACUACUGAUGGGGACCCCAUGUGGAGGGUCAUCAGAUGACCAAAGUCAGACAGGCAAGUUGAUAUGAGAACAGGAGUUCCUAAAUGUUAGUUAUCCUUUUUCUGCAUAGAUCCAAUUAGUUUGACUUAAAUCCACUGCCAUUCAGAUCUACUGGUUUUCUAGGCUCUAGUAUAUCAAUGGUGGAGGUUCUUCAUUCGAGAGAGAAUCACCCGUAAAUGAAAGAUGCAUGCAUGACUUUGGUGUUUAUUCAAGAAGAAAAAGUAGUUUUUCAUGUUUCCAUGCUGUGUGUUACUUCCUCUAGAGAAGAUUAAAGUUAACAGUCAGCUACCCAGCUAUGGGAGAAUUCGUCUUGCAGUCUGUGGCUCUGGUGUCAGUUUUUGACUUCAAAACCAGCAGGGGAUUUAUUGUAAUAUGUCAGCAUUUUUUUAAUAACAUGCCACUUUUGUUCACUUCUCUGUAAACUGUGCUCUCUGGGGGUUUUUUUUUAUAUAAAAAGAAUACUUCUCUCAGCAAGCUAAAAAAUGGACAGCUCUAUUGUGGAACUAGUGUGAUGUAUUUUUUAAUGAUCAUAUCCAAAUAGCUCUUCUUACUAUAUGCUGUUUACCUUCUCCUCCCCCCCAUAACCUGUACAAUACCUGACUCCAUAGAACUUGCAAGAAUUUCUGCAAUGAGCUUCUUGCAGUAGUCCCAUCACAGUGAAAAUUUUUCAGUGCAAUCUGAUGCUUGCUUACUCAGAAGUAAGUCCCACUUUGUACAAUGGGCCUUACUCUUUGGCUAGUAAGAGUGCAGUCCUAAACACAUUUACAUAAAGUAAGUCCCACUGAACGUAAUGGAGCUUCCUUCUAAGAGAUUUGUAUAGGAGAGCAUUGUCAGGAUGCAUUUUGCAUAAGCUGAUUCCUACCUGUUUCCACGGUGAUAAUGGAGUGGCCAUAUUGCUUUAUAAUCUGGACCUUUAUGACACACAAACAUCUUCCUCUUCAUUUUAAAAUGUUGAGAUUGGAGGUUACACAGGAGGCUUUCUUGUGAAGAACUUUCAGAGCAGUAUCUUUCAUAGUGCUUUGCAUAAGAUUUUUCAGGCACAAGCUGCCUUUGCAUAGGCUUGACUGAAAUGGUUUGCAGGUCAAAUGGAGAAGGCUGAUGGGCCUAAUUAGAACCGUGGGCCAGAGAUUCACCACCUUGGUUGGCACUGAGUGGCAGGAGCUCUCCAGGGUUUUAGAAAGCGGUCUUUCCCAACCCUACCUGGACAUGUAAUGGCAAUCCAUGGUUUUCUACAGUGUGAAUGAGCUGGGGCAAGCUUCUGGUUCACAUACACUUUCCUCUCCUCUUUCAUGACUGCAAGGUGGAGCUCAAAAGUUUUUUUCUUCCAGUUUUAAGCCCAGUAAGGUUGUGAUGAUGUCUGAACUUGCAAGUUUUGGAGCCUGCCUUGUUUUCAAACUAUAGUUUAAACUAACCGUAAUUCCAUCACGUUGGACAUCGCAGGGAACCGUGGUUGUUUUAAAACCAAAUGAAGGUUUCCACUCUUCACCUCCGGUGGACAAGAGAGGAAGAGGAAAUGCAUAAGCUGAAGGCUUCUUACAACUUGUUCAAGUAGCAGGAAGCCAUAGUUUCCCAUUGUGUCUGAACUGGACCAGCGCCUAAGACUUUUGAAGGAGGAGGAGAACUGACACAGAGUUAUGUAAAUGGUACUGAAAACGAUGCUGCCAAAUCAGCAAGAAGCUUGUAAAGCAAAGUAGGUCUGUGCAACUGAACCAUGAUCUUUCCUACCCACGGCAUUUACCUAAACUGGAGUUACAGAAAACACAAUUUGCUCAGUUGGGGGAGGACAAGAAUCAAAGUGAGCUGCAAGCAUCUCAUUAAGACAUUGAAACUUUACAGUGCAGAACUGAUAGCAACAUAUGGCCUGUUUUUUCUUGUCUUCAUCUUUUUGGGCAAGUCAGCAGGAGACUAAUAAACAGCAGGAAGAACAGUGACCGCAAUUGCUAAGCAUUAAAAGUGCACAUCCAUAAAUUCAGGAUAGUAGAAAUUGUCAUCUUCUUUUUUCAGUUAGUGAAAUAACAAGAAACUAUGUAUAAAUCUGUUGAUUUUAUUCUAUUUUAUUUUGUACCUAAUGGCAGGAUUCUUUAAAUCAAUUUCUUAAACAACUGGGAGAAGAGAAGAGAAGUCUGCAGAACCAACUGAAAGAUUACGAGCUUCGAUUGGAACAAGAAGCAAAGGUUUGUAUUUUGCCAUAACCAGCACCACAAAUACUUUAGAAGUUUUUAUUUGUUGUCCAAUAUGUUGUUGUUUACAACAUUGAUGAAAAGAAUACGAGAAUGAAUAUAUAAAUAAAUCCUGAGCUAUGCUUUUCUUUAAUCUUUUGUCUGUUCUUCUGUUGUAACUACUUAUCUGUUGUUUUGGAAUUUAGGCUUACCAUAAAGCUAAUGAUGAACGUCGUGCAUACUUAGCCGUGAUUUCACAAGUAAGUCCAAAAAUCUCUGUAGCCUGAUGAGAAAACAUUUUAUCCUAAGCUGAUCAUUACUCUUUUCCCGCUGGACUUUUCUUCUCUAUUUUAAGCUGAUUUGCCUCCAAGCCAGAAAACUCUGCAAAGCUAAGUCUGACUCAGCUGGAAUGCUAGAAAGGGAUGUUAAUCACUCUUGCCAUCUUUUUGCCUAUGUCAAAUUAAAUGGUUGAAUCUGUGCUUCCACCCUUGACAGCCAAUUGACUACUUUGUUCCACCACCAGCAGCCUCAUUUCUAUACUGCAUUAAGUUUUACUGCUGGCAGACAGGUUCUCUACAUAUUACUUCUUUCUCCCCCAGCUGCAAUUCUAUUAAAAAUAAGCCUUUGUACCACUUUGAUAUCAUCAUAAGGUGGAAGAUCUUCAGUUACAUAUUUUCGUUUUCUACAUCAGUCCUGAAUAGAUCUUUGCCUUUGAGUAACCAGUGGCUUUUGUUGGCUCAUUACUUGAAUUUAAUUAAACCUUGAAAUGCAAAGACUUCCAGUCCUUUACAAAAUAUUCCAAAGACUUGACUGUUUGGAAGGAGGAAAGAUGAUCAAGUAUCCCAUUUUUAAAUACAUUUUUUCCUGUCUGUUAAGCCUGAUAACUAAAAUUACCUGGGGGCCUGCCAGUCUCCUGUCUAAAAAAAAGUUACUGAAUAUGUUACUCUGUUAAAAUAAUAUGUCUGUUAUGCUGCCUUAAUUUUCCUCAAAGUAGCUUACAAAACAAAUCCAUACAAAAACAUAGCAGACUAACAAUCCUAACUAUGUCUACUCACAGGUCAGUCCUGUUGUAUUCAUUGGGGCUUAGUCUCAGGUGAGUGGAGUUCAGAUUGCAGCCUGAUUUGUCCCAUUCAUUUCAAUUGGUUUCAAGUUCAGCCAUUGUAUUAUAGGUUGGAUUCAGACUCAGUGGCAUAAUAAAACAACUGCAAAACAUAAAACUGCAAAAGUCAGCAUUAUAAGAACAGCACUUGAAAGCAGUAAUAUAUCUGAAAUACCACAAGAACCAGGAAGACAGGAUGGUCGUCUCCUGAUGCCUCAAAUAUAGCUAUGGAGGUACCAAGUGAGGAUGUCUAGUGAAGGAGUUUCAUAGUUUGGGUGCUACCAGAAAAGGCUCUCUUGCCAAUAUGUUAGCUUCCAAAACCACAAGUAGGAAAAGGAUCUGUGGAGACAUGAAAGUGGGAAGCUGUCAUAUACUGUACCAAGUCAGACCAUUAUUCCAUCUGGCAGUGGUUAUCCAGAACUUCAGGCAGACCUACCUGCAGAUGCUUUGGAUUAGGCCUGGGGCCUUCUGCAUGCAAAGCAGAUGCUCUACACAGCCCUUCCCCAAUCGAUGAUGAUUUUAAUUGGCAGGCAAAUUCAUAUUGGAGAAGAUGGUCCUUUAUAUAAUGUGGCUCAUUCAGGAUCAAAAACAGCACUUUGAAUUGGGGCUGGAAAUGGACAUCACAGGCAACCUGAUGAGCUUCAGUAUUAUUUUAAUGAACUUUUCAGAAGGAAGCUGUUGUAGUUCAAGCAUUUACAUGAGCACCCUGCUUCGGCAUCAAGUUGCCUUCAAAUACAUUUCCCUUGGCCAGCCCUGUUGGUGUGCCUUCCCUGGUUCAGGCUGCUAAAUAGAUUUAACAUUUAUCUAUUUAUUUAAAUUAUUAUAUAUAGACUGCUUUUUAAACAAAAUCUUUCCAAUUAUAUGUGAACAUGCCUGUGAACACCCAGCUGAAUGACUCAGAAUGGAGCAUACUCUUGUUUCUCUCACAUAUGGCACAUAUUACAUAUAUACAUUCAUAGUGCGCACACACAAAAAUGAAGCCUGUAUUCUGCAAUCCUAGAUUCAUAUUGCAACUGCUAUUGGAAGUGUCAUCUUUCCCCAACCCAUUUGAGGAGGAUUUGGUAGCCCCAUAACCCAAUAUUUGGUUCGGCAUGCCACAUGGAUUGAUGUGCUGCAUUUUGACUUUUAGGUGCAAAGUAUCACAUUUUUUAGACUCCUUUAGUAAUCAAGAGUGACUUGGAUUAUAUACGACAAAUUCCAGCUCUCUUAGUAGCCUUGAAUUACUGUAAGCAUUUUGGAGGUGCACCCAGAGUUCCUUGUCUUUCAGGAGCAAUGGAUAAAUCAUACAUUUUUGGAAGUUACUGUAGCUUGGGAAGUACUUUAGCAAUAUUCCCUGGCAUGAAGUCAAGUCAGCAAGCCUGAUGAUGAUGAUGUAUAUAUAGUUUGGAAAAGAGUCUCCUUAUAUUGUUUGAAGAAAAUUAUUCCUUAAAUAGUAUUCAAAGUAGUAGCUUGGCAUGAUGCUUUGCCUCUGCUACAAACAAACAACUGUCGUUCAGUUCAUUGUGCAGAGAAAAGGGAAGGCUGCAAUUAGCCAUGUUUCCAUGUAUUUAAGCAGCAGGCAAAUGGUUCACUCUCUGUAAUUAUCUGUGUCUUCUGGAAUGAGGUGCCAUUGCUGAAGAACAACUUUGCCUUGUUUGGCUAGCUAAUAAUGAUGCAUUUUUGUUUUAUAACACAUACACCGUUUAAGGAGAAUGGCGAGAAAGAAAGGAAGGGAACAAAUAGGAGGUAUGUGUUCACUCAUGGGCACGUAGCUCUCUAUUCAGCAAAACUUAGGUUAACCAUCUUUGGAAACUGUUGCUGCAAUCCAGAAAAAGUCAGGCAUCCCCUAUGUCCUUUUGAAAGUCAGUAAGAUUUCCCUUUGAAUUUUUCCAUGUUUUAGAUGGAAGGAGCAACGUAUACAGCUCUAGUAGUAUUUGCUGUAGCCUCUGAGAUCCAAAUAGAGUUUGUAGAUUUCAUUGCUAAAGGACGGUUUGGAAAUUAUACAAUACAAUUACUUAAAAAAGCAUGUAAACUAGAAAGCAGAUGUUUUAAAACAACACAAGCAUAUCCUCCCCUUUCCAACACCAUAAUGUCUAAAAUCAUGUUAUGAUUUUAAAUAGUAGUCUUUAUUUGGGAUCACCAAUAAAAGCACACUUGUGCACAAGUCUCUUAAGAUUCAGAUUGUAAUAGAUUUGUCAAUGAAACAAUCCUGUGCCAUUGGCCAGCAGUCCACUAGCAGGAGCUGUCAGUUGUUACUGGCAUUAUAAGCAUAUGCAUAAGACUGAAGUUUCAAGCAGCUGCUUUCAUUCAUUGUUUGAUAAACAAUAGUAUUUAUAUAGCACUUUCUUAAGUUUUCUGCAUGCACUGUCUCAGGGCUACUUCAGACAUAAUGCCCAGCGUUGAGAAUGGCCUUUCCAACUGAGGAGCCCUGGACUUGCAUGCUCCCUCUUUAUCUUAUAUAUUCUAUUUAUCACAUUGAUGCUGAUCUGGACAAGCGUACUGACAAGGCAGCUACGACAAUGGCUCACCUCUCCAAAAGGCUAUGGGAGUAUGUGGUGCUAACGUCCAGUACCAUAAAGCAAUGUUGGGCACGGUUGCUUUAUGGAAGUGAGUCAUGGGCAACUGCAGCCACCAGGAGCGACACCUCAACGCCUCCACAUGCGCUGUGUCAGGAAGAUUUUGGGUAUCACAUCAUAGACAGAGUCUCAAACAAAGAUGUGCUCUCCCAAGCCCAUAUUCCGGGCAUGUUUGUACUCCUGUCUCAAUGAUGUCCAUGGGAUCCUGCCAUCUUCCAUUCUGUGGACUUGCUUGGUCAUGUCCACAGAAUGGAAGAUGGCAGGAUCCCAUGGGCUUGCUAUAUGGAGAGCUGGUUUCCAGCACCGGGUCAUUGGCAAACCAACUGUGCUACAGAGAUGUCUGCAGAGCAGGAGAAAACAAGCCUACUCCAUCUUCCAUGUAACAGGCCUUUAGAUAUUUGAAGAUGACUAUCCUCUCAAUCUCCUCUUUUCCAGGCUAAACAUACCCAACUCCCUCAACCGUUCCACAAAAGUCUUGUCUCCAGACCACUCUAACCACUACAGUGGUACCUCGGGUUACAUACACUUCUGGUUACAGACUCCGCUAACCCAGAAAUAUUACCGCAGGUUAAGAACUUUGCUUCAGGAUGAGAACAGAAAUGGUGCUUCAACGGCGCGGCAGCAGCAGGAGGCCCCAUUAGCUAAAGUGGUGCUUCAGGUUAAGAACAGUUUCAGGUUAAGAACGAACCUCCCGAACGAAUUAAGUACUUAACCCAAGGUACCACUGUACACCAUACUGACACUUCCCUCACUCCUGUUCUGGUUUGAAGCAAGCAGUAGUUUGCUGUGUUAUCAGAACUGACAAAAAAGGCUUGUGCUUGUGCUUGCCCUGCAAACCAGGAUUGAAAUUAUGGUUUCUAGGAAGAUGUGGUUAUGUCCUUACAUACUCAUUUUUACUGUACCAAAUAAUGAUGGUAUUUUGUCUUAACCAGGUGUCAUAAAAAACUGAACAUAGCAUGCAACAUGCACGCAACUAUGUGUUAACAGAUCUCUGCCAAAUAUGUCUGUAACAUUUCCAGCUUGCAUGUAAACUCAGGAAUGAACACGUAUUUACUUCUGCAGAUUUCAGGAUCACUGAAACCCUCAGAGAGGCAGAAAAUGGAUGCAGUAGAAAUGAAGAGGGAAGACCAGCUUAUGCGGUAAAUAAUAUAUAUAUUUUUAACCCAGCCUGUGUUUUUAAGGAACUUGGGACAGCCUAUGUUGAGAUCUACCAUUUUAUUAACACAACAUUGUCCUGGUUUGCAUCAUGUGGUAAGCCAAAUUAUAGCUUACCAAAACCGUGUGAACGUGCUGGUUCCUGGUGUCGAGCUUGCAGCCACUUUGCUCUUCCUCAGUCUUUUUUAUUUAUUCAUGUGCCACACUGAACUAAGCCAAGGUUUAGUAUGCCGUCUGAACCAGGGCUUGUGGUAAAGCUCUCUCUUUGUUAACCAUGUGCUGAAGCCAGGUUGGUGACGGCUGGCUUAUUCCAGUGUAAAAAAUGUAACACAUCACUUACGGCUUAUCCACACUUCCUCUGCUUUUCCCUGGGGAAAACUGCAUUUUAGUGCUCAGUCGGAGCAAAAAUGGUAUUUUGGGUUGUCUCUGGACUGACGUUUGCCCUGAUUUAGCACUGAAGUGCAGUUUUUUCCUGGGAAAGGAGCAGGGCAAGGGGAAAUCUGCUUGGAUGCAUGUUUUCUAGGCAUGGAACAAGCAGGCGUGUGGAUGAGCCCUUAAUGUUUAUGACAGGAGUGCUGAACUACAACUCCCAUCACUCCUAGCAAGCAUGACCAGGGAUGAUGGAUGAUGUUCAGCAAUACCUGGAGGGUUGAGUGUUUUCUACUCCUUGUUUAUGAAAUGUAAGUGAAAACAAAAGCCAGAAGUCUUCUUGGGCUUGCUGGUUUGGUUGUACAACUCUUUGGAUUCUAGCACAUAUUUUUAUUUUAAAUAUUAAGGGAAACGGUCAGUUAUCCUACUUAUCCCAACCUCUUCCUGUCCAGUUUCACGCAACUGAAAAAUCUGAGCAACAAUUUCUACUUGAUCUUUAAUAUUUUAUAGAUGGUGCAGUUCUCGUUUAUAUAAUAACAGUGAUAACUUUAACAUGGCAUUAUGCCAUAGCCUAAUUGCUUCAGGUAGAUUUGUAAAAGUCAAACUCAGUCUUUUAAUUAUACAGGUUCCGCAAAAAGCUUUCCAUGUUAUUAAAUGUUCAUAAUGAACAGAGAGAGCCAAGCCAUUUUGAGGGGACUGAGGAUAUAAAACUGUUCUGCUGUGUGGGGCUUGUGUGCCAAGUCUGAAUUUAGAACAAAUAAUUGUUGCAGUAACAAUUGACUAUAGAACCUAGAAUAAAGUAUCCCAUUAUGAAAACCAGAUCUUGCUGUCUCAUUUUUAUAAUCUUUGUAGUUUGGCAGUCCACAGAUUAAGGGCUUAUUAACUGCCUUGUCUUUUUAAUUAAAUAUAUCAGUUGCAUAAAACAAUAAUAGGAAGGGAUUAGUGCAGGUGACAUCUUCUGAUUAUUCAGUGAAAAUCAAUAUUUCAUCCCUUAAUAACUUAGAUCAGUGGUGGCCAACAUGGUGCCUUUCAGAUCUUGUAGACUACUGCUUCCAGCAUCCCUGGCCAUUGGCCAUGCACGCUGGGGCUGAUGGGAGUCGAAAACAUCAGCCAGACACUACAUGGUCACCCCCGGGCUUUGAUGAACAAUUCAUUGUCUGGAAAACCAUCUUGAAUAUGGUCUCUGAUCCUAUCAGUACAAGCAGCAGUGGUGUGUGAGCAGGGUGGAGCAGCCAUUGUGCACUCCCCACAAGUGUGCCGCCACUCACCAAGACAGGGAUGGUGUGGGGCAAGGCGGGCAAAGUCAAGAGAGCUUUGGCUUGAUGGCGGCAGCUUCACUGGUGCUGUUGCCACUCCCCUCCUAUAUAUGGCACUGCUGAGUACAACUAACAAUAAUCUCAAUGCUGGACACCUUCAUACAAGGAAAUGCUCUGAGUUAUAUCUGUUGCCAGUGUCCCAAGAGUUACUUAGUGCUGUCUCUUAGUGCAGACCCAGGUCAUCCAGCCUGAGCUUCCAUAGCUGCCGCCUGCCAUGAACCACCAUUGGCAGGAUUGGCACCAACAACAGCAGAUAGGUUCUAUGCUUAUGAUAAUAUUUUAUUUUCUUGUUAAUUGUGUUGUUAUAAAGAUAGGUUUUAUAUUUGACUGCCUUUAGUAACAUUUUCUUUUGAUAUGUUGAAGGCAAUUUUGUUUCGGUUAACUUUGCUGUGUUAAAUGUUCUGUAGUUUACCUCCUUUGUAAUGUUUUAUUUUGAAAUCUUUAAGAUAUUUUAGUUUUCUGGUAAUUAUGUUGCUUUGAAUGUAUACUUUAUAUUUGCCUUUCUUCAGUAAUAUUUUAUUCUGGAUGGUUUUGUUUGAUGUCUUAAUAUAAUGUAAACAGACAUUUUCUAGAAAAAUAUAAAGCAGUGUAGAAAUGAAAUUAAUAAUACUUAAUACAGAAUUGGGGCUUUUUUCUUGAAACAGGAAAUCAGCAGUCCAAACCACAUAUUCCUUGUGAAAUUUUUCUUGGUUCUAGAACAGGCAUGUACAACUCCCAAGAGACUGCAGUCUACUCCCAUACUCCCACUAAAAAAAACUGGCAGUGAUCUACCCAUUGAAUUGACCAAAGUUGUUGAGCUUUUUGGGGGGAGGAAGACCCAAAGAUGUUGAGUGAUUGACCAGUAGAUUGCGAUCAGCCAGUUGGACAUGCCUGUUCUAGAGGAAGUGGCCAUAGUCCCACUGUUCAAAAAGCACAAGUCAAAAGCUCAUUUAGGCUAGCUGGACUCAUUGCAUGGUUCUUUAGAUUCUGACCUACCUUACAACUCUAUUAAUCAUUCACGUUUAUUAAUGGUUUUUUUUUUUAGCUCUGCAGUAAUUAAAUAACUGGGUAACAAUCUCACAUAAAGCAUGUUUAAUUUCUCUUUCUGUGUGAAUUUAAUGGCAGCUGCCAUAAUUCUAUUAGUUUUCCAGUCCUUUGCUUUCAUGGACAAAUUCACAUAAUUAGAUCCAUGUAGAAUCUCUCUUUUUUGAGACAACACAUGGUGGUGGGGCACCAGGCAUGUGUGGUGGUAUAGUACACGUGAACAUUUUUUUAAAAAAAUAUCUGCACCCCAGGGACUGACCUCAAAACUUCCUCAGGAUGUGGAAGACAGUUAUUUGAAGUGUUUUAGGAAGUGAUAGCACUCUUCAGGCAAACUUCUGAAUCUGCUGUUAGAACAGUAAGGGGUAUUUUAAGUGAUAAGGAAAGUUCCAUAUAACAUAUAGACCUUGAUGAUGCUUAUGAGCACCAUGCACAGGCCAAUCAGAGUCAGCUUCCUGACUGUAGGAGGAAGAUUUCCUGAAUGAUUCACUUUUAAAGAGGAGCUUAUACAAUCUGUCUCCCACACAGUUCAUUCGGAAUAAAUGCCACCUCUUGCUUUUCUAUUUGUGGUUGCUAACACAGAUUAGAAUCCCAAUAAUGAAAAGAGGAUUGGGUGGGGGGAGGAAUCCAUCUUUUCAUUGUUCUUUAACUACCCCGACACCAAACUUUUAUCUCCAAUCUACUAAAACCACAUUUUUCUAUUGUGUCAGUGUCAGCCAAAAAGAGUUUAAAAUUCCCAUGUAAGAUGGCUUUUAGUUUAAUCUGAUAUAUCAACUAAAACGGGAAUCAAACUGUGCUAGUUCAUCGAUUUAAAAAGCAUACCAUGUGAUGGAAAACCCACAAGUGAUUUUCACUCAUUACACUGAAAACUAUUAGUCAAAAUGUCAAGGGCAUAACUCUUGCGGCCAUUUUUUAUCAUGAUAAUGUAGGAGUUACCACUGCAGUCUGCCUGUAUUUCCUGUGGCACCCAUGAAAGGUCUCAGUUAAAUAUCCGCUCAAAAAUCUACCGUGCAUGAGAGACUUUGCUCUUCCUGCUUCAUUUUUGUUUGCACUGGCUCAGCCUCUUUCCUGCAGCAGCCAUUUUGUGUUAUGCCACACCCCCACAGCAACUAGUUUGUGACCAGCGCCCACUGACCCUGAAAAGUUGAGGACCCCUGAGAUAACCUGUAUUCAUUGCCUUUCUACCAACUUUAGAGAAAGACAGACAGCAAGAGUCUUUCUUUCUCUUACUCCUUCUGUCUUACUCCAAAGUAUGGCAUGGAGGUAAGAAUGAGACCCCCACAACUGUCUGAAUUAAUUUUAUUAUUACACUUGUGUCUUUCCCCAAGGAGCUUAGAGUAGCAUACAUGACCCCUCAUCUUACCUUAUGGGUUUUUUGUAUGAAGAAAAGCUAGACUGAGAAGACUGCAAUUUCUCUGUUGUAUGACAGAGGGCAUGGGGUGGGGUCAGUCUUUUGCUUUUGGAAUGGCGACGCUUCCCAAGUUAUCUGAAAUGUAUGAAGAACUCUGGGUCUCUUGUGCUGUGCUGAAUGACAGAAUUAAAUGUAAGGUCAAUCAUUUCUCUUUCUCCCUACAAAUCUGACCCAGAUUCUGUCAGGUGGGUGCCUUUCUCUACAAUGUAAACUGUGAACACCCAACUUCAGAGCAGUGCUUUUCAAUGGAAAGUAAUGCAGAAUGCUGAUGGGUCCAUCUUUAUGUUUAUGUUGGCUGCAUAUUCCCUGGGAAGAUAAUAGAAUAUGUCUAGCUAGCUUCCUUAAUUGUAUAUGUAAGGGCACAGAACUGAACACUGAUUCUAGGGAGGAUAGUUCCUGCAGAGAACUCUUAAUUGGACACACAGAAAACAAUUUCUGUCUCUUACAAAGAAAUAAUUGAUACCAGUUAUUCCCAGCUUGAAUCAUUUCUGGGUUUUGUUCAAAUGUUCAGCAUCCUAUUGAUUAUCAUAUAAAUUGUAUCAUUCCGAAACCAUGGACUGGGAAUAAUUAUUGUUAAAGUGUUCUUAUUAGUCUCCAAGAACAUCCGAUUUGGUAUACGUAUUUAUUAACCCAAUUUUUUAAGCUUGGCAGCCUACUUACUCUUCAAAAUCUAGGCAACCAUAUUUUUUAUAAUAGCAGUGACAGCAGUGUCUAGUAGUAGUAAGGAUUGCCAAACAAUUUCAGUUUCUGCAGCUACAUGAGCAAGUUUAAUUGUGCUUUCUGAAUUCUGUUUGUCCUUCUUUAUGUUUCAGAGGAAAGUGCAAUAUUCCAAGAAAUCAACGAAUAUUGGACCCAAAGAAAGGACCAAUUAAAAAGACUGCAGGAGUCAAGCAUCUUCCGAAACUGAAGCUCUGAUUUCUUAUUCCUGGGUCUUUUAGUCAUUUGUUCUUCCUUUCUCCCAAUAGGAAUUUUAGUGAAGUGCAAAGUAUUAUUUUGAUACAGAUUAUAUUAAAAGUAACGCUCCUCUUCCUAAUCACGUUUAGGAACAAGCAAGCCUGAUUGACUCUAGUAGAUUUGCAUAUAAGGAAAUGUCUGCACCACCUGUUUGGUGCAUGACAUAUUAAUAAUGUAAUGAAAAACCUGGUGAAGUCUGCAGCUUGUUGUGGGAUCUCUUCCUGUUUGUCCUUCACUUCUAGGGGUGGUUCCAGAUAUGUGUAAUUUAGCGGCAGUUAAUUGUUGCUCUUCCACUGCAAGGUGAAUAAGCAAUGUAUCAUGUCAGGUGGGUGAGCAUGGUUUCCACAAAAUGACCUCAGUGGCCAAAUGGGGAGGCUUGGCAGGCCAGAAGGUCCCACCCCUGCUCUAGUACAAGUGUAUGAUUCUAUAGCAUGUGCAAUGAAGGGGCAAAGCACAGAACAGGUUGACUGCAGGCAGAAGUUUAAAGGCCUCAGUUUACCUCCAGCCCUCACAGGAGCAAGCUGCUCCCAACAAAUUCUCCUUGGUGCUGCAACAACCAACCUUUCUUUCUCACAUGGGUUCCUCCUUGGGAUCAGAACAGGACAAAGCUUUAAUCAGGAAAACAGAGGAGAAGGAUGAUUUGCUCACAACAGCAUGCACCUAAAAUAUAGCCUAUGAUUAAAAUACUGAUAACUUUCCCGCAAUUUGGAACAAGCAUUACAGAAUGGCCUCUAGCAUUGUUUUGCUGCCACCGCUCAGGUGUAACGGAUGACGGCAGUGGAGAUAAUCUUUCUUCUGAAUAGCAUCCUGCUGAGGUUUCCCAGCUGGUUCAGAGACUAAUAAGAAUGGUGACUCAUCUGUUCUGUGCAGUGACAAUUUUGCUCUAUUCUUUCCUCAGCCUCGUCAGACCCAUUGGUCCAUCUAGUUCAGCAUUUUCUAUUCUAGCAGCAGCUCUCGCCAGAAUUUCAGGCAAGGCUCUUUUCCAGCUUUAACUCAAGAUACCAGGAAUUGAACCUGCAACUUCCUGCAUGCAGAGCAUGUGUUCUAGCCACUGAGUUACAGCUGACAGAUGGUGUGAAGAUAAAUUCAUGUGCUUUAGAUCCUUGCCCAUCGUGGCUGUGAAGCCCAACCAAGAGUCUUGUUGGUUUUACAAUGAGGCUUGUUAUAAUGCCUCAUUGUAAAAAGAUAAAUCCUGCCUGUUUAAAAAGAAAUGAACUUGUCCCCUUCUUAAAAAAUGAAAAGAAAGGCAUAUUUGAACGAGGAGGAACUAGCCUGUUGUAGGCAGUAGCGCAACUUUGCUUUUUUGAGAAAGUUGGUGGACUGGGUAGUAGAGCAACCCCAGAGGUUCUUGGAGGGAGCAUGUUUCACACUUUUAAAUUUGCUUUUGGGGACAUGUUUUAGAAAGAAAUGCAGCCAUGAUGAAUAAUCUGAUUCAGGGGAUGGACAGAGUACAGGCUUCCCUGCUUAUCUUGUUGGAUAACAGUGAUUUUUGAUACUGUGGGACACAUCUUUCCGCUGAACUAUUUAGAACAUCAGGUAAGACUUACUUUCUUGUAGUUCUGUUUCCUUUUCUCCAUUCUCACUUGAAGAGUAGCCCCCGGGGAAGUGAGGCCAUCCUUAUUAGUAUUGGGCUUUGAUGUUCUGGAAAGCUCAGUGUUUUCACUGAUGAUGCUUAAUAAAUGUAUGAAACUGCUGAGAGAGAUAACUUUGAUGUCCGCAGCAUUGUCCAGAGUUUCAACCCUGCACAGCACUGUCCUAGGAGGUGCAAGCACCUUGAAGACCCAGAAUGCACAGCAGCCCUUUUUCCAGCCCAAUACACAGCUGAUGAGCACUGCAGCAGCUACUGUGGAUGCAAGCAGGCCAGAGUGCAAUGGGAGGAGUUUGUGGCAGUGGCCCCAUCACCAAGAUGAUGGCACCAGUACACGGCAAACCAACCAUCUCAAGAAUACAUUCUCCAACAUCCUUAGCCAGCAUGGCCAAGGGAUGAUGGCGGUUUUAGUCCAGCAACACCUGGAGCCCCUACACUGGGGAAAGCUGUGUUAAACCAUGGUCCCCAUCUCAUUGAAUAAUCAUGUUCAGUGAAGUUAUGGAUGGAAUUCCAAGUUCUCUGCUUACGAAAGUUGCAGCUGUUCUGCUCUCAAUAACACACUUGAAGUACUGCAGGAAAAUAGUAUGGCGUGCCCUAUAGAUGGAUGUAGCAGGAUACCCCCACAAAAAAUGCACUGUUCCCAGGCACAGUGCUCAGGGCUGCACGACAAAGGCUGAGGGUGGUACGCCUACAUGGCAGAGGUGGCAGGGGGCAGCCUGGUUAUUGGGGCAGUGUGGCAGAGGCGGAUGGUGGUGGUGCAGUGCGGCAGUUGAACAAGUUCCAGCACCUCUUUUUCUAGAAAAAAAACCCUGGCAGUACCUAUUUAUCUACUUGCAUUGGUAUGCUUUUGGACUGCUAGGUUGGUAGAAGCUGGGACAGAGCAACCCUGUUGCGCGGAUUCAAACCGCCGACAAGAGGCUCAGUGGUUUAGACCACAGCACCACCCGCAUCCCUUCUACUUUGAACACAGGUAUGGCUGUCCAUUGUGCAUGUCAGCAAGUCCUAGCAAGAGGCUCAUGAAUCACCUUUGCAAAGCAGAGCUAUGAAGGAUUUGUUUUGGCUUGUGUCUUCUCAGGCCUGUAUUUUUCUUUACUAACAGUAAUAUUAUUUAAUGUUAAACUUUAGCAGCCUCUGAAAGAUUGAAGACCAGGCAUUUAAACCACCUCAACUCCAAGGUUAACCUUAAAAGGCACAGAGAAGUGCAAAUCUAAUGGAUGGGCUGUCCAAGCAUUUUAAGAGCUUUGAUGGAAGAGUAUUUAUUACUGUGUUGUAAUUGUUUGUCUUGUUAGGGGCAACGUUAACAGGGUUGGCUCUUAUUACAGAUAGCAUUAAAGUGAGGCUGCAGUUAAACUCCUACAGGCAGAGCAUGAUGUCACUGCUUCUGUGCAGGAAAACAAGUGAUAACGGCAUAAACUGUAUGGGAAAUGUUGGCCCCUGCCAUUUUACACUUGGGUUCAGAGCAACUUGUACUUCUUUUGUACACGGUCAAAUAUCUUUGUAGUGCCGUAGUAUCCAGUAGUAGGAAUUCACAGCUGUUCUUCUGUCCUCCUGUUCAUAAAGCCUUCUCCUGACUUUACACUAGCACCAUAAACAUCUUAAGGAUGUGGGCCAGAUUUAACUACCCCAUUCCAGUAGCAGAAGCCAGCUCAAAGACUCCUGCUUAGAAUAAUGGGGCUCCCCCCCCCCGCAUGUGCUUCCCCCACAUCUGCCCCUGAAGGACAGGAGAUACCACAAAACUGCAGGGGAAGAAGAGGGAAGGUGGUUCCAUCAGAGAAGCAGAAAUGUUGUGCCUGAUGGAACAAUCUCAUUGGCACAUCAUACUUAUUAUCACAGACGGUUUCAUGGACCAGACUCCACUUCAUCAGAUGUUAACUCCUGAGAAAAGACAUAAGAUUGCACUGUAAAUCAAGGUGCAGAGCAGACAACAGCACUAGAUCU